AAUAUUAGGUAUACCAAAUGCUGCAUAUGCUUCAAAAAUUAAACCUUUUUAAAACUGUUUUUAGUAUGUUCUUUGGUGUAUGUCAUGUUUUCCCAAAAUGUGUUCAAAUUAUCUAGAUCCUGUUUGCAAAAUAAAAUUUUAUUGAGAAACUCAUCUAUUGUCACACUUCUAGAUGAACCAUUUCAUAUAACAAGAAUAUGUGUAAAAACAGUUGUUUCUAAUUAUACCCAAAGAAUUUAUUUAGCUAAAUUUGAAACUGAAGAAAUUGAUCAACUAAAACCACAUAAAUUGAUUUUAACAGUUCGGCCCAAUGAAUUUGAGAAACUUCCACCAAAAUGCUCCUCUUGUGGUUCUAUUCUCCAGACUUCAGAACCACUUAAAAAUGGGUUCCUAGUUAAAGAAAAGUUUUUGGAAUCGAUUAAACAAAAUCAGCUGCAUAGACUUCAAUGUGUUAGUUGUUUUAAAUUGCGCCAUUACAAUAAUAGAUUAUCUUCCCCUCUUCCAAACAAUGAAAUAAUUGAUCAACUUAUGCAUAUUAGAAGUACUAGUUCACUAAUCUUGUAUGUUGUUGAUAUGUUUGACAUUGAAGGUACAUUGAUGGAUAAAGUUCUUUCUUAUAUUGGUAAACGAAAAAGAAUUAUAAUUGUAGGAAAUAAGAUUGAUCGUUUUCCAAAAGAACAUGGUGUUAAAGGGGAAGUGCAAUUAGAAAGAAUGAAAGACCUUCUGAAGCAUAUUUGUUUUCAGAGAGGUCUUGAGGGUUGUAACUUUCGAGAUAUAUGCCUAAUUAGUGCAAAAACUGGUUUUGGAUUAGAGACCCUUGUUAAAAAAAUAAGUAAACAUAGAGAGGUUGAUAUGGAUAUAUAUUUAGUUGGUUGCACUAAUGUGGGCAAAUCAAGUCUUUAUAAUUUGCUUCAAAAUAUGCUUAAUGUUCAUAUGUCUAAGAGACUACCUCCUCAAGCUAUUGUUCAUUAUACUCCUGUCACAACUGUUAGUCUACUUCGUUCGGAUAUAUCAAUGAGAAGGCUAUGGAGAUUACAAGAUCGUCUUAAAAAAGGUCCAUGGGAGGUAGAAAAAGAAUACAGUUUUGAUGGCAAUUUUCUAGAAUUUCUUGGUGUAAACAAGCCUGAAUUAAAACCUGAAUUGAAAUUGAUUGAGAGCUCAAAUGCACUUAAAGAAAAGAAAGUGGAGUUAGUAGAUGAAGAAGAGUUAUGUAAAGAAAAAAAGCAGUGCUUUAUUUAUGAUACACCUGGUGUAUACAAUAGUUCACAAUUACUUCAAUUUUUAACAGUUGAAGAGAUGCAUAAAUUGUAUCCUGAACUGUGGAUUGUCCCUCGAACUUUUCUUCUCCAGCCUGGUAGUUGCUUAUUUAUUGGAGGUUUAGCAAGACUUGAUUACAACUCUAUUUCUAAAAUAGAAAGUGAUUCUGCAAACAUCCAAUUAGCCAAGUCAGCUGAAUCAAUAUUUGUUACAGUAAUGAUGUCACCUUCUGUUCCAUGUCAUCCAACUGUUAUUGAAUCUGCUGAUGUAAAGUAUGAAAAGCUGUUUGUCAAUAACGUGUUAGAGGUCCCAAUCGGAAAUGAGUUGCGUUACAAAGAAUUUCCUCGAUUGUUGCCAAAAACCUAUCAAGUAAUUGGAAAAAAUCUUAAUAUAAAUGCCUGUGACUUAGUUUUGCAUGGUUUAGGGUGGCUUUCUGUUGCAUCUGUAUUCAAUACAAAAGUUGAGUUGACUUUGCAUACUCCAAAUGGCAUUGGCCAAGAGCUACGAGAAAAACCGUUAUUGCCUUACUCUGUUAGAUCAAAAGAAGGGCGUGGCCAAAUGUAUCGUGGUCAUUUUAAUCGACGAUUAUAUGGUCACACUCGCAAACGAAAUCCAGAGUUUGUGCAAGUUUUUCAUGAGCAAAAUCAAUCUGUGUAUGCUUGGAAUAAAAAAAUUGAAGAGAAAUUUGUACGCGAGCGUGCUCUUAUCAAAGAAGAAAAACGUCUUAAACAACUAGAGGAAGGCGUGGUCCUCGGAAAAUGGAAGACUUUAACGGAGAAAGAGGAAAAGUUUAAAAUUGAGUCUAGGGAAAAACAGCUGCCUUCUUAAAUAUAAUUAUUUUUUGCUGA